AUGAUAUUACAGGACUAUAUUAAUGAACAGCGGAAAUCAAGUCUACUAGCAGCCGAAAUCGAACAAUUAAGAAAAGAGAAAGACAUGUCACAAAAGCUACUAGACUAUAUCAAUGAACAGCGGAAAACCAGUCUACUGGCAGCCGAAAUCGAACAAUUAAGAAAAGAGAAAGAUAUGUUACAAACGGACUAUAUCAAUGAACAGCGGAAAUCAAGUCUUUUAGCAGCCGAAACCGAACAAUUAAGAAAUGAGAAAGACAUGUUACAAAAGCUACUAGACUAUAUCAAUGAACAGCGGAAAACCAGUCUACUGGCAGCCGAAAUCGAACAAUUAAGAAAAGAGAAAGAUAUGUUACAAACGGACUAUAUUAAUGAACAGCGGAAAUCAAGUCUACUAGCAGCCGAAAUCGAACAAUUAAGAAAAGAGAAAGACAUGUUACAAAAGCUACUAGACUAUAUCAAUGAACAGCGGAAAUCAAGUCUACUGGCAGCCGAAAUCGAACAAUUAAGAAAAGAGAAAGACAUGUUACAAACGCUACUAGUAGAGCAUGUUCUAAAAAGCGGCCACCCUAAAAUGUAA